CUUUCAUUGUACGUGGUGACGUCAGCGCGGGCUCUGCUCCUGUGCUCAACACAUCGAGCUGUCAUCAUUUUACCGGGAGAAGCGAAGGGCAUCCGGGAUACCGGCCGAGAGGGGGCCCAGCACUGUGUUUGGAGAGGACUGACGUGGACGUCUGACUGCUUCCUGUUGUGGCCCUGACCUGCGUUUUUCUUCUGCAUCGUUGUGAGGUCGAGGACGUCCGGACUGUCGGACCGAAAGUCACCGCCGUGUGUGAUACUUUAAGGACUGCUCAUGCAUCGUUUAAGGACUUGUGCGGCGCGGUUGCGUCCGCUCACCGCCUCGCAGGCGGCUCAGACUGUCGGCCAACAGCGGCCAAUCACAGUCACCUCCACGGGUGGCAAAAGGACGUUUCAGCCAAUCAGGUGUUACACAGCACCGGUGGCUUCGGAGCCGUUCCUGAAUGGGACGAGCUCCAACUAUGUGGAGGAGAUGUACUACGCCUGGUUGGAAAAUCCCAAGAGUGUUCAUAAGUCGUGGGAUGUGUUUUUCCGGAACGCCAACGCUGGCGCUCCUCCCGGCGCCGCCUACCAGUCUCCUCUGGGGCUGUCUGCGGCGUCCAGCCUCGUCGCCCCCCAGCUCUCCUCUCUGGUCGGAGCUCAGCCCAACGUGGAGAAGCUGGUGGAGGAUCACCUGGCUGUGCAGUCGCUCAUCAGGGCCUACCAGGUGAUGGGUCAUCACAAUGCCCACCUGGAUCCACUGGGAAUCAGCUGUGUCAAUUUUGAUGACGCUCCGGUGAAUGCCGGCUUCCAGGAUAUCCGAGGGCACCACGUGGCCCAGUUGGACCCCCUCGGCAUCAUGGACGCUGAUCUGGACUCGUGUGUCCCCACUGACAUUAUCACGUCCUCCGACAAGCUGGACGUGGCUGUGUUCAAGGAGAGGCUGCACAUUCUCACGGUCGGAGGCUUCUACGGUCUGGAGGAGUCGGACCUGGAAAAAGUGUUCCGGCUUCCCACCACCACCUUCAUCGGAGGCUCGGAGAGCGUGCUGCCGCUGAAGGAGAUCAUCCGCCGGCUGGAGAUGGCGUACUGUCAGCACAUCGGGGUGGAGUUCAUGUUCAUCAACGACCUGGAUCAGUGUCAGUGGAUCAGGCAGAAGUUCGAGACUCCGGGCGUGAUGCAGUUCACUCUGGAGGAGAAGCGGACGCUGCUGGCCCGCAUGGUCCGCUCCACCAGGUUUGAGGAGUUCCUGCAGAAGAAGUGGUCUGCAGAGAAGCGCUUCGGCCUGGAGGGCUGCGAGUCUCUGAUCCCCGCCCUGAAGACCAUCAUCGACAAGUCGUCUGAGAACGGCGUGGAGAACGUCAUCAUGGGAAUGCCCCACAGGGGUCGUCUCAACGUCCUGGCCAACGUGAUCCGGAAAGAGCUGGAGCAGAUCUUCUGUCAGUUCGACUCCAAACUGGAAGCAGCCGAUGAGGGCUCCGGCGACGUGAAGUACCACCUGGGGAUGUACCAUCGCCGCAUCAACCGCGUGACAGACAGGAACAUCACGCUGUCUCUGGUGGCGAACCCGUCUCACCUGGAGGCCGUGGACCCCGUGGUGCAGGGGAAGACCAAAGCCGACCAGUUCUACUGCGGAGACACCGACGGGAAAAGACACUUCUAGUUUUCGUUAUUUCGUUAGUUUUCGUUAACGAUAAUAACCUCGACUCACACACCUGGAAACAGUCUUUACAGUGCGUGUGUGUGCGUGUGUGUGUGCGUGCAGGUGUGUUACCGUCGGAUGGGUCAUAACGAGAUGGACGAGCCGAUGUUCACUCAGCCGCUGAUGUACAAACAGAUCAAGAAGCAGAAGCCGGUCCUGCAGAAAUACGCCGAGAAGCUGAUCGCAGAGGGAGCUGUGAGCCGGCAGGAGUACGAGGAGGAGAUCGCCAAGUACGAUAAGAUCUGCGAGGAGGCGUACGCUCGCUCCAAGGACGAGAAGAUCCUGCACAUCAAGCACUGGCUGGACUCGCCGUGGCCCGGUUUUUUCACCCUGGACGGUCAACCGAAGUCGAUGAGCUGCCCGUCCACCGGCCUGACCGAAGACAACCUGAACCACAUUGGGCAGGCGGCCUCGUCUGUCCCCGUGGAGGACUUCACCAUCCACGGAGGUCUGAGCCGAAUCCUGAAGGGCCGCGGCGAGAUGGUGAAGAACCGGACGGUGGACUGGGCCCUGGGCGAGUACAUGGCCUUCGGAUCGCUGCUGAAAGAGGGGAUCCACAUCAGGCUGUCGGGGCAGGACGUGGAGCGCGGGACCUUCAGCCACCGUCACCACGUCCUCCACGACCAGAACGUGGACAAGAGGACCUGCAUCCCCAUGAACCACCUGUCCCCGGACCAGGCGCCGUACACCGUCUGCAACAGCUCGCUGUCCGAGUACGGCGUGCUCGGCUUCGAGCUGGGAUUCGCCAUGGCGAGCCCGAACGCUCUGAUCCUGUGGGAGGCUCAGUUUGGAGACUUCCAGAACACGGCGCAGUGCAUCAUCGACCAGUUCAUCUGCGCCGGGCAGGCCAAGUGGGUGAGGCAGAACGGCAUCGUGCUGCUGCUGCCGCACGGCAUGGAGGGCAUGGGUCCCGAACACUCGUCAGCUCGUCCCGAGAGAUUCCUCCAGAUGUGCAACGACGACCCCGACGUCCUGCCGGUGAGACGCGCACACAGAGCAGUGAUGUCAGAGCGGCGAUCAACUUCCUGUUUGUGUCCCCAGCUGAUCAUCUUCACUCCCAAGUCUCUGCUGCGUCACCCCGAGGCCCGAUCGAGCUUUGACGAGAUGCUGCCCGGAACUCACUUCCAGCGGCUGAUCCCGGAGGUGGGCGUGGCGGCCGAGCGUCCAGAGGCCGUGAAGCGGCUGAUCUUCUGCACAGGAAAGGUUUACUACGAGCUGACCAAAGAGCGGAAGAGCAGAGGCCUGGAGAACACGGUGGCCAUCAGCCGCAUUGAGCAGCUCUCCCCGUUCCCCUUCGACCAGGUGAAGGCGGAGACGGAGCGCUUCCCCAACGCCGACCUGGUCUGGUGUCAGGAGGAGCACAAGAACCAGGGUUACUACGACUACGUGAAGCCUCGCAUCAGGACCACCACGCAGAAAGCCAAGCCCGUUUGGUAUGCUGGCAGAGACCCGGCAGCCGCUCCCGCCACAGGAAACAAAAACACUCACCUGAUCGAGCUGCGGCGCUUCCUGGACACGGCCUUCCACCUGGACGUGUUCAGAGACCAGCAGUGAUCACGUGACCUGCAGCACCUGGAAUCAGCCCUCACCCGUCUCGCCUCCAUUCACACUCACAACACACAGUCAGCCCUCUGUACGGCUGAGCACACCGCACAGCAGGAAGUCCAUUCAGAAAAUCACCGACCAGAACAUCACAGCGGGAGGCGGAGCCUCAGAUUCAAAUUUAAACUUUAUUCUCCUGGUUUGUGACGGACAGAAACAUUCCCGUAAUCAUCAAAGACGAAACGAGCUGCCGUUUUUCUCUCUGAGCUGUCUUUGUCCAUCAGACCUCACAUUAACGUCACCAUGACGCCGAGGGAAGCUAAAAUCAGACAGAUUCUCAAUGGACUUCUGA